AUGGCAGCUGCCUCCAUGGGCAAAAAGGAGAAGGAGCGGCUGGGCGGCGGGUCGGGGGCGGCCUGUGGCCACAGCACGCGAGAGCGGCUGCUGUCUGCGCUGGAGGACCUGGAGGUCCUGUCCAGAGAGCUCAUAGAAAUGCUGGCAAUUUCAAGAAACCAAACGUUGUUACAGGCUGGCGAGGAAAACCAGGUGCUGGAGUUAUUAAUUCACAGAGAUGAGGAGUUUCAGGGACUAAUAAAAUCGGCACUUAAUCAGGGAAAAAUUCACCAUGAAAUGCAAGUUUUAGAAAAAGAAGUUGAGAAGAGAGACAGUGAUAUUGAGCGGUUACAAAAACAGCUAAAGGAAGCUGAGCAAAUACUGGCAACAGCUGUUUCCCAAGCAAAAGAAAAACUGAAAGCAAUAGAUAAGGCAAGGAAAGGUGCUAUCUCCUCCGAAGAAAUAAUUCAGUAUGCACAUAGGAUUAGUGCAAGUAAUGCUGUGUGUGCCCCACUGACCUGGGUUCCAGGGGACCCACGGAAACCAUACCCAACGGAUUUAGAGAUGAGAAGUGGAUUAUUGGGUCAAAUGAACAAUCCUUCCACUAGUGGUGUGAAUGGUCAUUUACCUGGAGAUGCACUGGCAGUAGGCAGAUUGCCAGAUGUCCUUGCUCCACAGUAUCCCUCUCAAUCAAAUGAUAUGGCAAUGAAGAUGUUACCACCAAAUCACAGUAAUGACUUUUUGUUGGAACCUGCAGGGCAUAAUAAAGAAAAUGAAGAUUAUGUAGAGGUUAUGUCAACAGACUCCUCUAGCAGUAGUAGUGACUCUGAUGAAAAAAGCAUACAGAAUUGAAUACUGUAGCAUUCUGUUUCUUAAACAAUAGCAAACCUGUAAAAAAAAAAAAAAAAAGGUAAUAUUGGCCAUAGUGGAAUUGUGCAGAACAUUAAAAAUUACAGCAGAUUUACUUUUUACAGCCAAAAAUCAUGACUUUAGUUCUUAACCCUUUGUUGAAUAUUUAGAGAAUUAUCAAAAUUUACUGUUGGGCCCUAGCUGGUUGAUCAGUGGUUAGAGCAGGGGUGGGCAAACUUUUUGACUCGAGGGCCACAAUGGGUUCUUAAACUGGACCGGAGGGCCGGAACAAAAGCAUGGAUGGAGUGUUUGUGUGAACUAAUAUAAAUUCAAAGUAAACAUCAUUACAUAAAAGGGUACGGUCUUUUUUUUUUUUUUAGUUUUAUUCAUUUCAAACAGGCCGGAUCCGG